AUGGACACAAACCCAUCCCUCUCCCUCCCCCCACAGCCCUACCCCCCCUCACCACACGCACAACCCCCCAGCGAGUCCCGCAAGCGCUCCAUCCACGACCUCACCGACGCCUCACACCAAGAAGACGGCCGGCCGUCCCCCCACUACACCGCCGAGACCGAGAACCAAGAGAACACCGCCCCUGCCGUCACACCCGGCGACGCAGACGCCCCGGAGCCCCUGGCCACGUCCAUGAUAUCGAAACCCACAAACCCGAACACGGACACGAACACGCCCAUGGCGGACCCGGCUUCGAAAGAAACUACCGUCACCCUCGCGGAGUCGACGCUCAACACAGUGCCUGUCGGGGCGGCGGGGCCCGCGGCGAAGAAGCGGAAGCUGUCGCCGGCGAGCCGCGAGGCGAAGCAGCAGGAGAAAGAGGCCAAGGAGAAGGCGCGGCUGGAGGAGCGGGCGAAGAAGGAAGAAGAGCGGCGGGCGAGGGAGGAGGAGAAGAGAAAACGCGAGGCGGAGCGGGAAGAAGAGAAGAAAAAACGGGAGGAGAAGCGCAAGGCGCGCGAGGAGGAAAAGGCCGCCAAGGAGGAGGAGAAGCGGAAGAAGGAAGCCGCCAAAGAGGAAGAGCGUCGGAAGAAGGAGGAGGAUCGGUUGAAGAAAGAGAGGGCUCAACCCAAACUUAAUGCGUUCUUUGCGAAGCCCAAGGUUCCCGUGCAAGCGUCCAGCGCGGGUGUCAAUGCGUCGCCGAAGAAGAGCGCCGAGGGCGCCUCGGGACAGUCGCUGCAAGAGGCCAAGGCUGUGUCGGACUAUGAGCGUGAGUUCCCGGAGUUUUUUCUCCAGUCGCAUACUCGGGUGGCGCCGCCGCAUCGAUUUGAGCGCGAUGCGGAAGCUCUUCGUCAUAUGAGGGACAAGCUGGAUGCCUUUCUGCGGUCUGCCGACGCCCAAGGCGAGGCUCCUAGCUUCCGGCCUUCCGAGCUCUUCAAGUUGAUGCCGUACAAGCGCCGUCGGGGCCAGUUGCCUGCCUCGGUCAAGGAGAUUCUUCUUCGCAUGCAGAAUCUCAGCGACCAGGGCACCUCAGAUGCUGUUCAGAAGCAGCAAAAGCUACUCAGGGAUGUCACCAUGAAGUCGUUGAAGUUUGGCGAGGACGUGCGUCCCCCGUACCAGGGUACCUACACCAGGAGGCUGCCGGCAUCCUCCGCGCACAAAAUGAUGCGCAACCCCUUCCACCGCGGCCUGCCCGAAACAAACUACGACUACGACUCAGAGGCGGAGUGGGAAGAGCCCGAAGAGGGCGAAGAUCUCGACUCGGAAGAGGAGGAGGAAGGCAGCGAAGACGGCGAGGACGACAUGGAUGGCUUCUUGGACGAUGAGGACGAUCAGCUCGCUGGAAAGAGAGGACCCAUUGUCGGGGACCUCGAGCCGAUCUGCACUGGCAUACGAUGGCAAGAACACGGGGUGGACCCCGAGCUUUCCGUGUACAAGAUUGAGACGAUAUCCGACGCGGUGACCUUCCCCAUCGACCCGUUUUCCACCGUAUAUUGGCAGAAGCCGAAGGCGGCGGACCCGGUGCAAGGGGCCUCUGCUGGACGAGGCCCGCUGGACACGUUCAUGGGCACUCCGACAUCCGCCGGUGCAUCCACGCAGGACGGGGCUGCGCUGGCCGUAGUGGUGCCGACAAAAGCCAAACGGACAUUCCCGCCCGACCAGCUUGAGGAAUUCAAACAGGUGGUGAACGGCAGCGAUCUUACCAAAACUGGACUGAUUGAGAUAUUGAAGAAACGUUUCCCGAAAGUAUCCAAGGAGGUAUUGAAGGACACGCUAAACAGCCUGGCCACCCGAGUGGGACAGAAAGAAGUCGAGAAGAAGUGGGUGUGCAAGUGA